AAUUAAGAAAAUACAAUCACAAAACAAAAAACACAAUCAUCUCAAUAUCAAUAUGAUGAAAGAAACGUUCUUCAUCUCCCACGGAUCACCAACUCUGUCCAUCGACGACAGCCUUCCGGCGAGGCAGUUUCUGCAGUCAUGGAAGGAGAGCGUCUUCCCCACCACACCCACUUCCAUUCUGGUCAUAUCAGCCCACUGGGAGACCUCUGUUCCCACCCUCAACUUUCUCCACCACCGCCCCAACGACACCAUCUAUGACUUCUAUGGCUUUCCUCAGUCCAUGUACCAGCUCAAGUAUCCAGCUCCAGGGGCACCACAACUAGCCAAGAGAGUAAAAGAGCUUCUUUUGGCAUCAGGGCCAACAAAACGAGUCGACGAAGACACCAAACGAGGGCUGGACCACGGGGCAUGGGUUCCCCUAAUGCUAAUGUACCCGGACGCCCAAAUCCCAGUGUGCCAGCUCUCAGUGCAGCCACACAAGGACGCCGCGUAUCACUACAACAUGGGCAAGGCAUUGGCUCCUCUCAAGGACGAAGGUGUUCUCAUCAUUGGCUCAGGAAGUGCCACUCACAACUUGAGAGCCCUUAGGCCCCAGGUGGAUACUGUGGUUCCUUGGGCGUUGGAGUUCGAUACAUGGCUCAAAGAUGCGUUGCUUCAAGGAAGGUAUGAGGAUGUGAUAAAGUAUGAGGAGAAGGCUCCCCAUGCCAAAACGGCCCACCCUCGGCCUGAGCAUUUCUACCCUUUGCAUGUGGCCAUGGGCGCAGCUGGUGAUGAUGCCAAGGCCAAGCUCAUACACCAUAGCUGGAGCCUUGGUUCCCUUUCUUAUGCCUCCUACCAGUUCACUACUCCAACUCCAACUCCAACUCCAACUCCAGCUCCCUAGAAUUAUGUCACUUUACCUUUUAUUUAUUUGUUUUGUUGUAGUAAAUUCAUAUAAUAAAGUAAAUUGAAUACAGAAUUGAAUUAUAAGUUAGUUGUGAAGGGUGAUUUAUUGUUACACAAUCAAUCCCAAACACUCAACUUAUCCUCUCUUUGUAUGGAAUGGCUAUACAUAGCAUGUAAAAGGAUUUUUACAAUCACUAUAUAAUGAUUCAUUCUUUUGUCUUUGUUGA